GAAAUCACCAAUUAGCAAACUAAAAUUUUAGCGCGAAAUUCAAAUUCGAUAUCAAAUUCUCUCUAGCAUCUUCAAUGUCAGAUCAUGAAGGCGAACAAGAACAAGAAUUCAUCUGUGUCAACUGCAGGGAUGCAAAAUUCCCCUCCAAAGAUAGAUUGGAUCAGCACUCCGGCAACAAGCAUCCAAAGUACCGGUACAUUUGCAAGGACUGUGGUAACAGAUUUGAAACGCAAGCUUCCAAAACUCAACAUGAAGCUGAGUGUGAUCACAAGGGGAAUGGCCAAAAUCAUAAUCUCGGAGGAUGAUCUUCUCGCCGGAAUAAUGCGAAGUCGCUUUCUGAACAACGACUUCGCUCUCCCUCCGUCGCGACAGUUCCUCCACGCGCCGCCUAUAUCCUCCGGGCACUCCACGCUCCCUGUCUCCCAGAUCGCAGCCGCUCUCUCCACCUUCCCCUCCUCCGUGCUACCUCACAAAAUUCAUCUCAAACUUUUCGAUCGGAAUCCCCAGCAAGAAUCUGAGGCGUCAUUUGAAGAGGAUGGACGCCAGAGCUGUAGAAAUUUCUGCUCCAAAGCUGAAACUGAAUUUCCUAAGGAGACCAAAAGAACUGAUUGUAGUGAUAAGUGCACACCAGCUAGAUGCACAAUUGGACAAUCAUUGCUUCCCUGAGAGGGAGAUGUUGCAAAUGCCGGAUCAAACAGGAAAUGUUCAAGCCUGACAAGGCUCUGGAAAUGUAGGAUGGAUGUUCUGAAUUUAGAUGUAGAUAAAGAAAGUUUGGGAACUUUAGAAAGUGAUCUUAUAAAUACGUUGGAAACUGAAACAUUUUGGUCCUCUAGAGGCCAAUAUAUAGAUAUUUGAAAAUAAAUCUUCUAGUUAUGCAU